UUUUUUUUUUCUCUUCUGAAAUUUAAAAAUAAGAAUUACAGAUGGCUGAGUCUCAGCACAGCAUGGAGCUCAGUGCAAAGGACACUCAUCACCCUAAACAUGACCCCAUUGGCUUUGAGGAUAAGCACGUUAUCACUGCACAAGAAAAACCAAUGAAUGAAGUACCAGAGAAUGAAGCUCUGAUUCCCAAGCACGCCACAGAUAGGAUUUUUUUUAUUGAUUUAGCCAAUAAGCAGCUGCAAAUCAUCCCACCUGAGGUCUUCAGUCUAGAGCAUCUGGAAGAGCUGCACAUGGAGAAGAACCUGAUAGUGAACAUCCCGAGAGAAAUAAAACUCCUGAAGAGCAUGAAGGUUCUCUACUUGGAUCACAAUCACAUACGGGAAAUAUGUGAAGAGCUGGGGAUGUUGAAAAGUAUUCUGAGCUUAGAUUUAAGUAACAACCCCCUCUCUUACAGCUCUCUGCAGGUAAUCAGCAACCUGCAGUCCCUUCACCAGCUCAGGCUCUAUCAAAUAAACUUGCAUGAAAUCCCAGUGCAGAUCUGCAAAUACCUCCAUCUCAUUGAACUUCUUGGGCUUUCUGACAAUCAUCUACAGUGUCUGCCAAAAGAAACAGUGAACCUGAAAAAACUCAAGGAAAUUUACCUCAAAAACAAUAGAUUUGAAAAAUUUCCCAUCGAGCUUUGUAAAAUUGUUAGUUUAGAAAUAAUAGAUCUGGAACAAAAUCUCAUCAGUCACAUCCCAGAAGAGAUAGGCUCUCUGACAAACUUAGUUAAGCUAUUUUUAGCUUUUAAUAACUUAUCUUCCAUUCCUCCCACGCUGCAACACUGCCAGAAGCUGGCGGUGCUGGAUCUGUCUCAUAAUCCCCUGCACAAGCUUCCCCCAGUUUGGAACAAUCUCACUGAAAAGAGUGAACUUGGCCUGUCUGAUAACAGCCUGGAGGAGCUGCCAGCCCAGACAUGCUCUUGGACAUCACUUACCCAUGUUUAUCUGAGGAACACCGGGCUGCACAGAGUUCACCUGUCCUGCACCAGCCUAACCAGCGUCAGGGUACUCGAUCUGAGCGAAAACUGCUUAGAUGAAAUUCCCAAAGGAAUAUGCUCCAUGAAAAACCUGGAGAUAUUGAACCUGGAUGACAAUCAAAUACAGGAGAUACCAGCAGAAAUACAAGAACUGACAAAUUUAAAAUGCCUCAGCCUGUCCAAAAAUCAAUUCAACAACUUUCCAAAGGAAAUCUUUCUCGUGGAGUCAUUAGAGAAAUUAUAUCUGGGACAAAAUAAAGGAGUUAAACUGACAAGUCUGCCAGAAGAUAUCAUCAAACUGCAGAAUCUGAAAGAACUGCAUAUAGAGAAUAAUUGUCUGGAGCACCUGCCCCCAGCUGUUGGCUUACUGACCCGCCUGAGAAUACUCGACUGUCACAACAAUCUCCUUAAGAAGCUCCCUGAGUCUCUAGGCCAAAUGCAAGGGAGAAUGCAGGGGUGCUUUGCAUCAUUCCUGUCCUUUGUAUUGCAGCUGUCUGCUUUUGUGUGCUCAGGUUUGCAGAAACUGCUCCUUCAGAACAAUCAGCUGUCCAGGCUGCCUGAGGAUUUGAAUAGCCUAAAGCAGCUGCAGGAGGUCCUUGUGGAUGGGAAUCCUAUGACAGACCCUCCCAUUGAAGUGUGCAGUCAGGGGACAUCUGCUAUUCUCCAGUACUUAUGGCAAAAAAGACAUAAAAAAGCCAAGGCUUCAAAGAUCCGAAAUAUUUGGCAUGGGCUGAUUACAAAGAAGGGGAUCAGACCUUUCUUGGCAUUUAAAAGCAUGGCAGACCAAAAAAAGGAAAAGAAAGGAAAAGAAAAACAGAAGUCUGGAAAAGAAGCAAAAGCCAAAAAGUGAUUCUUGUGCAGUAAGCUGAACAGAACCCUGCCAGCUGCAAGAGAGAAGUGAGUACAAAACAGACAGCAUUAAAGCAUUCGCAUCAGUGGAAAU